AUGUCGGACGGCAAAGCGAACUUCCUUCCCGAGUAUGCGUCCUACAACUGGACUGGGGCGCCAGCGGACUACACUUUGGUCACCGCAGGCCACGCUCGCACCGGGGGAGACUCAAGGCACGAGAAUCUAAACAAAUGGUAUCAAUCCGGCGACACCGCAUUCAUUCUCAUUGCCUCAUGUCUCGUUCUUAUUAUGGUGCCUGGACUGGGCUUUUUAUAUUCAGGUCUAGCCAGGAGAAAGUCGGCCCUUUCGAUGAUGUGGGCAUGCAUGGCCGCUGGGAGCAUUAUCAACUUUCAGUGGUAUUUUUGGGGAUACUCGUUGACAUUCUCGCCAACUGGUCAAAGCGGAUUCAUUGGUGAUCUUGUUCACUUUGGAUUGAAGAGAGUGCUUGGAAAUCCUAGCCCUGGAUCACCCCUCAUUUCCAGUCUCCUCUACUCGUUCUAUCAGAUGCAAUUCUGUGCCGUUACAGCCGCCAUCGUUGCAGGAGCCGUCGCUGAACGUGGUCGUCUCAUGCCCUUCCUCGUCUGGGUCUUCCUCUGGGCAACGCUUGUUUACAAUCCGAUCGCUUGUUGGGCCUGGAAUGCUAAUGGAUGGGCAUUCAAAUACGGCGUUAUGGACUAUGCGGGAGGUGGGCCAGUCGAGAUUGGGUCUGGCCUAUCUGCUCUGGCCUACUCCAUGGUCCUUGGAAAGCGUCAAGAAAAGAUGAUGCUGAACUUCCGACCUCACAAUGUCUCUUUCAUCCUCCUUGGCACCAUACUGCUUUGGUUUGGGUGGCUCGGUUUCAACGGUGGCUCAGCCUUUGGUGCUAAUCUCAGAGCUGUCAUGGCAUGCUGGAACUCCAACCUGGCCGCGACAUUUGGCGCAAUUACCUGGACGCUCCUCGAUUUCAGGCUGGCUCGGAAGUGGACCAUGGUCGGAUGGUGUUCCGGAACCAUUUCUGGACUCGUGGCAGCCACGCCCGCAUCUGGUUACAUUGACACCUGGGGUGCCGUUGUGCUUGGUAUCGUCACUGGCGUUGUUUGUAACUUCGCGACCAAGAUCAAAUACUGGAUCAAGAUCGACGACUCUAUGGACGUGUUUGCCGAACACGGUGUCGCCGGAAUGAUUGGACUCAUGUGGAAUGCCCUUUUUGGCGUGGACUAUGUGGUCGGUCUCGAUGGCGUCAACACGGGGAGCAGCAACCCAACAACAGGAACUGGAAUUGGAGGAUGGCCCAUCGGAAACUACCGCCAAUUCUACAUUCAAUUGGCCUAUGUCGUGGCAUGCACCGGCUACGCUUUCUGCAUGAGCGCCAUUCUCGCAUACAUUGUCAACUUUAUUCCAGGUCUUCACCUGCGAGCUUCUGAGGAGGCUGAGCUUCUUGGUAUGGAUGACGAUCAGCUUGGCGAAUUCGCCUACGAUUACGUUGAGGUUCGUCGGGAUUACCUGGCGUGGACUCCACAACGGACUGAUCAAUUUGGUGCCGAUCCAAAUAUGCCUCAAGAGGACCGUCACGGUAUUGGUGAACAUUCCAAGAUGAUCAAGGAGGGUUCACAUGAUACCGCAUCAGGCAGCUCAGGCCCGACUGGUGGUCUCCCAGCUCAAGGAGAUCGCCAUGGUGUCGCUGCGGAGGAUGAAGAAAAAGAAAAGAACGUCGCAAACCAUGGUUGA